AUGGCCGUGCCGCCGCUCCGCCGGGCGCUGCUGCUGUGGCAGCUGCUGGCGGCGGGCGGCGCGGCGCUGGAGAUCGGCCGCUUCGACCCGGAGCGCGGGCGCGGGCCGGCGCCGUGCCAGGCGGUGGAGAUCCCCAUGUGCCGCGGCAUCGGCUACAACCUGACCCGCAUGCCCAACCUGCUGGGCCACACGUCGCAGGGCGAGGCGGCCGCCGAGCUGGCCGAGUUCGCGCCUCUCGUGCAGUACGGCUGCCACAGCCACCUGCGCUUCUUCCUGUGCUCGCUCUACGCGCCCAUGUGCACCGACCAGGUCUCGACGCCCAUCCCCGCUUGCCGGCCCAUGUGCGAGCAGGCGCGCCUGCGCUGCGCGCCCAUCAUGGAGCAGUUCAACUUCGGCUGGCCGGACUCGCUGGACUGCGCCCGGCUGCCCACGCGCAACGACCCGCACGCGCUCUGCAUGGAGGCGCCCGAGAACGCCACGGCCGGCCCCGCCGAGCCCCACAAGGGCCUAGGCAUGCUGCCCGUGGCGCCGCGGCCCGCGCGGCCCCCCGGCGACGCCAUCCUAGGCGCCGCCGGCGGCACCUGUGAGAACCCCGAGAAGUUCCAGUACGUGGAGAAGAGCCGCUCGUGCGCGCCGCGCUGCGGGCCGGGCGUCGAGGUGUUCUGGUCGCGGCGCGACAAGGACUUCGCGCUCGUCUGGAUGGCCGUGUGGUCGGCGCUGUGCUUCUUCUCCACUGCCUUCACCGUGCUCACCUUCUUGCUGGAACCUCACCGCUUCCAGUACCCGGAGCGCCCCAUCAUUUUCCUUUCCAUGUGCUACAACGUCUACUCGCUAGCCUUCCUCAUCCGGGCUGUGGCUGGGGCCCAGAGCGUGGCUUGUGACCAGGAGGCGGGUGCGCUCUACGUGAUCCAGGAGGGCCUGGAGAACACGGGCUGCACCCUCGUCUUCCUGCUGCUCUACUACUUCGGCAUGGCCAGCUCGCUGUGGUGGGUGGUGCUGACCCUCACCUGGUUCCUGGCGGCCGGCAAGAAGUGGGGCCACGAGGCCAUUGAGGCCCACGGCAGCUACUUCCACAUGGCAGCCUGGGGGCUGCCGGCUCUCAAGACCAUCGUUAUCCUGACUCUGCGCAAGGUGGCAGGGGAUGAGCUGACCGGGCUCUGUUACGUGGCCAGCAUGGAUGCGGGGGCACUCACGGGCUUCGUGCUGGUACCCCUCUCCUGCUACCUGGUGCUGGGCACGAGCUUCCUCCUGACCGGCUUUGUGGCCCUCUUCCACAUCCGCAAGAUCAUGAAGACAGGGGGCACCAAUACGGAGAAGCUGGAGAAGCUCAUGGUCAAGAUUGGGGUCUUCUCCAUCCUCUACACUGUGCCCGCCACCUGCGUCAUUGUGUGCUACGUCUAUGAACGCCUCAACAUGGACUUCUGGCGCUUGCGGGCCACAGAGCAGCCCUGCUCGGCAGCCACCACGCCCGGCGGCUGGAGGGACUGCUCGCUGCAAGGGGGCUCAGUGCCCACCGUGGCUGUCUUUAUGCUCAAAAUCUUCAUGUCGCUGGUGGUGGGCAUCACCAGCGGCGUCUGGGUAUGGAGCUCCAAGACUUUCCAGACCUGGCAGAGCCUGUGCCACCGCAAGAUGGCAGCUGGCCGGGCACGGGCAAAGACCUGCCGGGCCCCCGGGGGCUAUGGCCGUGGCACCCACUGCCACUAUAAGGCCCCCACCGUGGUCUUGCACAUGACUAAGACGGAUCCUUCUCUGGAGAACCCCACACACCUCUAGGGACACAGGCCUGCGUGGGGAGGCUGUUGCCCCCUCCUAGCCCCCCUCCGGAGGAGACAGCUGACUAGCAGCUGCCCAGCUGUCAAGGUCAGGCAAGUGAGUGCGAGGGGCCGAGGACCAGGGCGGGGAGACUCUCGUUCAACCCUCACUUGUCAGGACCCAGUGAGGCUCACUCCCCUGUCGCCUAGUGCAAGGGGGUGGGCCUGGCUGAGUCCCCCGCAGGGCCCUGGGGGUGGGGGCAUGUGGAGAGGAGGAGGGGUAGAAGGGGGUGUGGUCCA